UCCAAGGAUAAAAACCCGGUUAUGGCAUCUUCGCCCUACUAUGGGGUGAUUGAAGAGAUUUGGGAGGUUGAUUACGUUAUGUUUAAAGUGCCUCUAUUUAAAUGCAAGUGGAUUAAUAUUAACAGUGGUGUGCGAAUCGAUGAAUUAGGAUUUACAUUGGUCGAUCUUUGCAAGUUAGCUUAUACCGACGAACCUUUCAUCAUGGCAUCCCAAGCAAAACAAGUGUUUUAUGUUAAAGAUCCUUCGCCUAACAGUAGGUGGUCGGUGGUUUUACAAGGAAAAAAUGUGCAAGGUAGUGAUGAAAAUCAAGAUGUGAUUCUUGAUAUUUCCGAAACUCUUCCAUUCUCAACAAAUGUGCCUACCUUCGUUGAAGAAAAUGAAGAGGAUGACGUGCAAGCUAUUCGUUCGGAUCAUCAAGAAGGGAUAUGGCAGGACUAAUACAUGGCUGAUUCAACCGUCACGGCUUCUUCAAGCCAAAAAAAGAGAGGAAGAGGUGCUACUAUGAUGAGAAAACUUACCAAAGUUCAUCAAUCGGGUCAACUCCUAUCUGUCACAUUUCAUCCAAAAACAUGGAAUCCUACCGGUGCUCAUGCAAAAACGUUCAAGAGUUAUUUGUCAUAUCUUGCUCGAAGUAGUUGUAGUAUUUUGAAAGAUGAGUGGAAGGACGUAGACAUAAAUGAAAAAGAGAAAAUGUUGAGUGAUCUUGAGAGUUAUUUUGUUGUACCAGUAAUUCAUAAAGAUCCGGAUAAAGAUCCUUUGAGGAAUGCAUUGUUAUCUUAUGCGGGAGACAGAUGGAGAGGUUUUAAGACGCAACUCACGAGAGAAUAUGUUUCAAACCCCAAAGAAGAUCGUGAACCUCCAUAUGUGAGGUAUUCUUUUAUUAAAGAAGGUAUAUGGAAACAGUUUUUGGCGUCCCGACAUACCCCUGAAUUUAAGGAAAAAAGUCAAAAGGGUAAAGAAAAAGUGGCCAACAAUGUCCACCCACAUAGAUUAUCGCGUGGAGGGUAUGAUUUGCUUAUGGAGACUAUGAUGGCUGAAAAGAGGUCGAGAGACAGCGGUGAUCGUACUCCAUCUCCACCCCCACGUUAUGAGGGCUGGAAGAGGGCACGACAAAAACCAGAUGGUUCGUACACAUCAACGGCUACAAAAGUUGUUGCCGACAAAAUUGAUUCUCUAGUUGAAGAGACGGAAAAGGGCAGCUUUGUUCCAAUGGGACGUGAUGAUAUUCUUACAGCUGCCCUUGGAACAGCUGAGCAUGGUGGCCAAGUUCGUGGUGUUGGACGAGGUGCUACAAUUACCAAUUAUUUUGGAAGGGCUUUACGUUCAUCACCAUAUACGGAUGUCACCGAGCAGCUCUCACAACUAGAAACAAAAAUUAGAGCUGAAUUUGAAGAGAAGAUGGCUGUAGAGCGUCAAAUGAUGCAAAAGACAAUGCUGGAUACACUUAAGUCUGCCGGUUUCUCUCAAAACGCCUCCCCAACAAAGCAACAGGUUGACAAUUGUUCUCCAAUAGAUAUUGCAGGGAACUUUGACAGUAUGAAAGCUAGUUGCUCUGUUGCACCAGCAAACAUGAAGGAGGACUUAGAUAAUGACACAGACUCGGUUCAAAAAUUGUUAUGCAUGAUUGUGAAAAGGAAAACAUAUUUGCCCAUACAAUUAGAACAUGAUAAGUUUGUCACCAAUUUUAAGAUGUCGCCAAAGUAUAUGAAAGACUUAUUGGUGGGUGAUAGAUGGCUUGACUAUUCAAUUCUACAGCUUUGGUGCACGUAUAUGCAUCGUCUUUCCUUAGACACAAAAAACUCAGAUUUAUUUGCAUUUUUGGACCCAUGUCAAUUGAGUUUUGCAUCAAAGCCAGUCUCAUUUCAAAAGGCGGGUAAACAAUACAUACAAAAUCAGUUGCGUGAUCUAAACAAAGUGUGCUACUUAGCACCACAUCUUUGGGACGGGCAUUGGCAAUUAAUAAUUAUGUGUCCUAAGGACAAUGUAAUAGUUUGCCUUUGUUCAUUACACCAUAAGAUACCUGAAGCAGCGAAGAGUCUUUUUACAAAUGCUUUUAAAGUUCAUCAAUUAGCAACAUUUGGUAAUAGAAAGAAGACUUCAUGGAUUUUUCCCAAAACAAGGGUACAGCCUAACGGCAAUGACUGUGGAUAUUAUGUAAUGAAGAAUAUGAUUGACAUUGUCUCUGCUAGUAUUACAAAGAAUUGGAUGGAGGUGUUCAAUGAUCCCACGGCAUUAACAGAUGAGGAGUUGUAUGAUUUGCGAGACCGCUGGGCAACUUGUUUUCUUCAACUAUAUAAUCCCGAGGUAGAUUAUGAUGAUGCCGACGAGAAAGAUUAGGAGCUAGCUAGGUUUGUGUGAAGUUACAAUGGACUAGUUAUGAUGAUGUUUUAAUUUGUAUUUUGGAUGGAUUAGUAUUAAUUAUUAUGAUGUUUUGUAUUUUGGAUUACAAUGUGGUUGUACUUUAAUGACAUUAUUACUAUAUAUAUGUUGAAUGUUGAAUUUGAAUUUGGCUA